AUGAGCAAACCGAAAGUUGGCAUCAAUGGAUUCGGUCGUAUUGGACGUCUCGUGCUGAGAGCUGCUGUCGAAAAGGAUACUGUUGACGUGGUGGCAAUAAAUGAUCCUUUUAUAAACAUUGACUACAUGUAUGAUUCUACUCAUGGUCGUUUUAAAGGCACCGUAGCUACCGAAGGUGGCAAAAUUGUUGUCUCUUUAGAUGGCAAAAACACUCAUAGAAUCGUGGUGCAUAACAGCAAGGAUCCGAAAGAAAUUCCAUGGGGAGCAGAUGGUGCUGAGUAUGUAGUAGAAUCCACAGGGGUUUUUACUACUACUGAAAAGGCAAGUGCUCAUUUCAAAGGCGGUGCCAGAAAGGUCAUUAUUUCUGCUCCAUCUGUUGAUGCACCGAUGUUUGUUAUGGGAGUCAACCAAGACAAAUACGACAAGGCCAACAAUCAUGUUAUUUCAAAUGCUUCUUGCACAACGAACUGCCUAGCACCACUUGCCAAAGUCAUUCAUGAUAAGUUUGGUAUUGUUCACGGCUUAAUGACUACUGUACAUGCAACAACAGCUACUCAGAAGACUGUUGAUGGUCCAUCUGGAAAGCAGUGGCGCGAUGGCCGUGGUGCUGGGCAGAAUAUUAUUCCUGCUAGUACUGGAGCAGCAAAAGCUGUGGGAAAGGUUAUUCCAUCUCUUAAUGGUAAACUUACUGGUAUGGCUUUCCGUGUGCCAACUCCGGAUGUCUCUGUAGUUGACCUCACUUGUGUAUUGGAAAAAUCUGCUACAAUGGAUGCAAUCAAAGCGGCUGUUAAAGAAGCGGCCGAGGGAUCACUGAAGGGUAUUAUGGACUAUACUGAAGAUCAGGUCGUCUCAACGGAUUUCACGGGUGAUCCCCAUUCGUCGAUUUUCGAUGCCAAAGCUUGCAUUGCACUCACGCCAAAUUUUGUCAAACUGAUUGCAUGGUAUGACAAUGAAUUUGGAUAUAGUAACCGCGUCAUUGAUCUGAUAUCAUAUAUUGCAAGCAAAUAA